UUGCGUACAAGAAAAUAGGAAGUGUAAGAGGGGAUGAUUCUCGUAAGACUACAACCACUAGUCCCACCCCCCUCUAGGGGGUGGGACCCACUGACGCUACAGACCUAUUAGAGCAGGGGCAGUGGGUGGGACUUCACCAGCAGAAACUAACAUCCACAGCAUCUGAAGCUAAGUGAAGUAAAAUGGCGGAAGGUACUGGAUCGGACCUAGAAGAUCGGGAUUUUGACGAUUUGAUGCUGGAAUCAGAUGUUCGUGGCUACCUUUACGAGCCACAAUAUAGUGAUGAGCAGCUGCAGCUCAUAGAGGAACCGGAGGCGGCUGCGGCUGCUACAGCUGAGGCCGAAGGCCUGAAAGUCGCGGACGAGGAGCCCGGAAUGGCUCGAGCUGGGGCGGAUUGGUGGUGCCUUUGCUCUCACUGUGCGCCUAUGGACACAGAGGUAGAGUCCGUCUGCUGCAAGGAAUUUCAAAGAUGUAGAUUUCUUCUUGACGAAAUCUCUGACUCAGACGAGGACACGGACAUAUGUGUUGUGGACCAUCCUAGUUUCGCGGCGCAUAUGGACAGCGGCGUCCUGGACACUUAUUUCAGAAUCCCAAAGGUAAACUGGAAACGUCAGCCAAAGCCUGCAGGGACGAACGGACGUCUGACUGUAAAACAAUAUCGCCUAACGGUCUACCGACACUUUUUGGAAUGGGUCCUGCAAGGCGAGAGAUUGGGUAGAGGGUCGUUUUACCUUCUUGCGUCGUGCAGACCAUCCGACAAAAUUAUCCUGCUCCAGACGGCCAGUACUGUGGACACCAAGAAGCUGACGACGCUCAGGAGGAACUAUGAGUUUCAUUAUGUCUGA